CAAGUGGGGACUCCAUUUUGUACGAUGCACUUGCUGCGGUAGAAAAAAUGAGGAAUAUGAGGAGAUUGAAAGAAAAUUUGCAGUGGGCGUCCCACUUUUAACUGUUCCAAUGGAGGCUGCCUACGACUAAAUAAAUAGACCACGAGAAUCACGAUGACAUUCGACGCCCUAAACGAGGAAAUCAAAUCAAUAUUACAAACUCUAGAUCAAAUCGUUUUCCCGACAGCUUGACAGAAAAGAUCGUUGGGGUUUUUUUCUCCUCAACGUAGUAGGUAUAUUUGAUACGGAGGGAAAGUCGGAGAAAUCCUCAGGAGAAAAUAAAAAUGGAUUCGUUUGAUUUUCUGAGCUGCAUACCGAUGCAAGAUUUGGAGAGUCUUAUUGAAGGCAGCGGUGCUCAGCAGAAGGUGGGGAAUUCUUCUUCAAGCGCUGCAUCAGCGAAUAAUGAUCUGAAAUUCUGUUUUGUUGCUCAAGCUUCGGGAUUUACAGCAGACCAUGAGAAUCCUCAAUUGCAUUCUUUCAGUCCUCUUGGAAGGUCUCUUGACGCUUCAGAAACAAGCAAUGAAAAUCUUAUGGAAAUGGGCAAUAAAGAAGGGCUUUUGUGGGCUGCAAUCGAUGGGAGAGCUGUUAAUUCAGAGGGCAGUAGGGUUGUAAACAAACAGGAGGAUUGCUUUUCUGAUGACAGCGAUCUUCUCGAAGGUAGAGUCGUCAAAUCGUGGGAUGGAGCGCGCUUAGCUGCUGCCAAAAAUCUGGUCUCUGAAAGGAAAAGGAGGAGGAAGCUCAAUGAAAGGCUUUAUGCCUUGCGCUCCCUUGUGCCCUACAUCACUAAGAUGGACAAGGCCUCUAUUAUAGCUGACGCAAUUAAGUAUAUUCAAGACUUGCAAAGGCAAGCCAGAGAUAUUGAGGCUGAGAUUGCUGCCCUUCACUCCAACAACGAAUGCUCUUCUAAUUCUUCUUCCUUGACAUCUGCAACUGCUGACGUGGAUGAUAACAAUGACCACUCACAAGAUGUCAACUGCUACAUUCUCAAACCCAAUUUGGCUGCUGAAUUACGUUUUCCAACCCUCCAGUGUUUUUUACAGAUUGAUAUUUUUAAGAUAGAGGAAAGGACAUUUCACAUCCGGAUACACUGCAAAAAGGAGCCACGUGUAUUAGUACACCUGGCAAAGGCAAUCGAAUCCGUUCAAUUACUGGAGAUUCAGAAUUCUAAUGCCACCUGCUUUGAUGGACACAUCAUCAAUACUGUUAUCGGAAAGAUAAAAGAAGUGCAAGAGAUAUUAGAGCCAGAUACGCUUAAACAUGUCCUUAUGGACACGGCCUCUAAAUAUGGUUUCUGCACGCGCUGAAGAGCAUACACUUUGUAUUUUAAUGUAUACUCUAAAUUAGUUUCUUCUUCAUACUAGAGUUUUUAUGGUAAGGCCUUAUCUUUUCAUAUACAGCUAGAAUCACAAGGAUACUUUGAAGAGGAGAGCACUCUUCUACUCUCACAGUCCAUUGACUUAUCUUUUCAUAUACAGCUAGAAUCACAAGGAUACUUUGAAGAGGAGAGCACUCUUCUAGUCUCACAGUCCAUUGAAUUUAAUCUAAAUCGUGGAUGGGUUUCAUUUGA